AUGCUUACACGCACCGCACUGCGUCGAACGCUUCGUCUGGCUGCGGCCGCACGCGGUCGUUCGGCACCUCUGCUCGCACGCACGUACGUGCAGUCCUCGACGCUCUCGACGCCCAUCGUCGUGGGCAGCACGUCUACGACGCUGCGUAGCUUUGCCACGACGCCACGCCGACUGGCGACGGAGGUCAAGCCGUACCUGCUCGCCGAUGUGGGCGAGGGCAUCACCGAGUGCGAGAUCAUCAAGUGGUUCGUCCAGCCGGGCGCGGUGGUGCAGGAGUUCGACCCGAUCUGCGAGGUGCAGUCGGACAAGGCGUCGGUCGAAAUCACCUCCCGAUACGCCGGAACCAUCAAGCGGCUCAUGCACAAGGAGGGCGAUGUCGCCAAGGUCGGCCAUGCACUGUGCGAGAUCGAGAUGCAGUCCGACGGCGAGGCGGCGGAGAAGGAGGUGGACCAGGAGCAGGUGGAGGUCACCGGCGUGUCGAAAGAGUCCGAGUUUGGCGGCGUUGAGAUGGAGGGCUUUGUUUCGGCCGAACACAAGCAUUCGGGUGCAAGCCCAGCUGGUGGCGCGAGAGAAGUGCUGGCGACGCCCGCGGUGCGAAGGGUGUCUCGCGAACACAAGGUUGACCUCAGCCAGGUGCAGGGCACGGGUCGUGAUGGAAGGAUCACCAAAGAAGACGUGCUCAACUUUGUUCAGCGAGGUUCCCAAUCCGCGCAACCUUCUGCCUCUUCAUCCAGCCCCACCCCGAGCGCGCCGGUUUCGGCUGGUGGUACGACCGAGGUGAUCGACCUGACACCCGUGCAACGGGCCAUGUUCAAAGCCAUGACCGCCACGCUUUCCACGCCACACUUUGCCUACUCUGACGAGAUCGACGUGACCGAGCUGGACUCGGUACGCAAGAUGCUUUCCGCCUCGAUUCCCGAGCGCUACACCCAAGCCGGCGAAGCCUCGUACACCAAGCUCACCCUGCUUCCCCUGCUGGUCAAGGCGAUGAGUCUGGCGCUCAACGACCAUCCCAUGUUCAGGAGCAUCCUCAAUGCCGAUCAGAAACUCGUGCGUCGUUCGUCACACGAUGUCUCGAUCGCUCUCACCAGCAAGGUCGGUCUGCUCACGCCCUGCAUCACCGACGUCCAGACCAAGUCGAUCUACGAUCUUUCUGGAUUCAUCACGCGUCUUCAGAACCUCGCUGCCUCGCCAAAAGGACUUGCACCCGCAGAUCUGAAGCCAACAGGCACCAUCACUCUCAGCAACGUCGGCGCCGUCGGCGGCGGAACAUACACACAUCCUCUCUUGCCCCCCACGGGUCAACUCGCCAUCGGCGCCCUCGGAAGAAGCAGAAUCCUGCCGCGCUUUGCGUCCGAAAUCCCUUCGCUCAACUGCAACGACCCCGACAAGAUCGUCCGACGCCUCAUCAUGUCCGUCUCCUUCACUGGCGACCAUAGGGUCGUCGAGGGCGCCGACCUCGCGCGCCUCGUCAAUCGCUGGAAGCAGCUCGUCGAAAACCCUUCCCUCUGGCUCGGCCUCUUGGCCUGA